CAGCUUCAAUCUGGUUUGGUGAGACAUUACAAAUUCGCGUGGGCGCAUAAUCAAGAUCUAUCAACCUCCCUUGAUGCCGCCAUACAAGUUAUUCAACAAGCUCGCGACAGUGGCCAAUCAGUUCUUGUGCAUUGUCAGCAGGGCGUAUCUCGUUCAGCGGCACUUGUUAUUGCAUAUGUUAUGAAAUCGCAGCAUAUGCAGUUUCAAGAUGCAUAUGCACUAGUCAAAGAGUGUGCGCCGCAUAUAUCUCCUAAUGUCAAUCUGGUUGCUCAACUAGUAGAAUUUGAGCAACUAUGGAAU